AUGACCGGCCUCGCCCCCCCGCCGGCCCGGGCCGCCCCCCCCGCGGGGCCCACAGGGAGCCUUGGCCGGGCGCCACGACCCCACCCCUUCCCCCGGGCGGGCGGGCGGGCGCCGCAAUGGAGGCCGGGGGGAGGCGGGGGCGGGGGGCGCCGGGGGGGGGAGGAGGGUGGGGGGGAGGUGUCGGUGGCGGCCCCGCGGGGGCGGCGGGGCGGGGCGGGGGUCGCGGCGGUGCCGGGCGCGGGCGGGGGUCGCGGGCCCGGGCGGGGGAGCCGCGCAGGCCCCGCCGCGCCCGUCCCCGGCCACCCCGCGCGGCGCCCGCCAUUGGGCCGGGCGGCGGCGGGCGGGGCGGGCGCGCGGGGCGGAGGGCGCGCCCCGAUUGGCCCCGCCCGCUGCCCAUCAACACGCCUCCCGCUCGCCGCGCGCGCGGGGGGCGCCGGGAAGCGCAGUCCGCGCGCCCACCGGCACCUGCGGCGCGGCGCCGCCGAGGGACUACAGCUCCCAGCAACCCCCGCGCCGCGCUCCCCCCCCAACUCCUCCCCGCUCCGAACCCUUCCCCCCCCCCCCCCCGCGACCCCCCCAGCACGGCCCGGCCAAGUACAACUUCCGUACCGGGCGGGGGCCGAGCGGUCCGGGCGAGCGGAGCGGGCCGCGCCGUGCCGAGGCGGGCGGGCCGGGCCGUGCGGGCGGGCGGAGCAGGCUCUGGCCGCCCCGCGGGAGCUGCUCGCCGAGGCCCGUAUGCGGCUCCUUCCUGCUCCGGCCGGGGCCGCCCCGCUCUUAAAGGGGCCGCGCGCCGCCCCCCCGCCCGCCGCCCCCCCCGCGGGGCGCAGCCGCCUCCGGCCGGGGGGGGGCGCAGCGCGGAGCGGCCGCGGGGGGGGCCCAGGGGGGGCUCGGGGGGGCGCGGCCGGGGGAGCCCCGCCAGGAGACCCCGGGGACCCCCCCGCGGCACCGCAGCCACGCGUGUCACUCGCUGUCGCCUCCCCGCUCCCCCGGGAGUGUCACACGGACCCCCGGCCCCCCCCCCGGGAGCGUCACUCGGUGUCACCUCCCGCCCCCCCCCCCCCCCCAACACGGACCCCGGCCCCCCGGGGGUGUCGCUCGGUGUCACCUCCCGCCCCCCCGGGAGUGUCACACGGACCCCAGCCCCACGCGUGUCACAUCACGGGGCGGCCCCCGCCGCACCUCGCACGACCCCAGACCCACUCGGUCGCUGCCCCCCGACGCUGGGAAGGGGACACGGAGCCCAAGGUCACGGUGGGCUGGCAGCCAGCCUGGCGAGCACAGGACGAGCCCGGGCUCCGGGCCUGCCGAGGGGGACACGGGGACAGCAGGGCGGCUGUCCCCACCCCGGGGGGGGCUGUGCCACCCCCCAGCACCCCGCUCCCCUGGGAACAGCUCCCUUCCAGCCGGAUCCGCGGGGAAAAGCGCCUGCUGGGGGGGGGCCCGGCGAGAUUUUCGGGUGGAUUUUGA